GACUUUUUACGCACACACACACACACACACACACACACACACACACACACACUUCAACAGUCAAACAAAUAAAAUUAGUUUUCCGUCGGUCGAUAUACGCACGGUUUACCGCCUAUUACAGGUGUGAACGAGACGACGACGACCGACAACUCUGCGUCCGCCGUCGUGGGUGCAUAAUCCGUUCGGCGGCCGUCCCGCGGGAUAGCGAGCGAUCGACGACGACGACAGCGGAAACGACAAAGCUCGUCGUUAUCGUGGCGGCGGUGAUUCGAUCUUGUGACGACCAAAGAAGUCUAGGCGGUCCGGACGACAGCGGGAGCAGAAUCUGUGACUGCGACGAGGACGACGACGACGACGAGAUCGCCGCCGGAGUAAUCGUCGUCCGGUCGGGUCGGUUGUUAUGAUGUCCGUGCGACCGUCGUCGUCGUCGUCGUCGUCGCCUUGUGCCGAGUCGCAGUCCCGGCGGUGUCGCCGUCAGUCUCGUCAUUGCGGCCGUCCGUCGUAGUUGUCCCAGUUCGUCGAGUCCGAGUCCGAGGCGCCUUUGCCGCUGGGCGGGGAGACCGCGAUGCCCAUAUAGCCCCGUGACCUAUGCCGCCUGCAGUGUUGUUGUAGUGUCGUUGCGCCGCAAAGAUGGGGAAUCCAACACGUUUUAUGGUUUCAUGGGAUGAUCAUUCUACGCAUUUAGUCGCACGUCUGGGAUAUCUUUUGGAACGUCAACAGUUGGUUGAUGUCACUUUGAUGUGUAAUACACACAGUCUUAAAGUACAUAGAUCAGUUCUCGCAGCUUGCAGCCCAUACUUUGAGCGUGAAUUGGGUAAUCAUCCCAUGAUUGUUCUCAAAGAUAUGAAAUUUAGUGUACUCAAAUCAUUAAUUGAGUUCAUGUAUUGUGGAGAAACAAAUGUUACAGAAGAUAAUUUACAUGCUCUUGUGGAAGCAGCCAAAUUUUUUGAGGUUAAAGGUUUAUCUUCGCUAGCUCAUGAAAGCUUACAAGAUUCUAAGUCUAUAAAACCACCUUCUCUUGUUUGUACUACAGCAGCUCAAACUCGAAUUUGUCAAGUUUCGUCUUCACCAAUUCCAGUUUCAACUAUUGCUACUAAAGUUACAGAAAACGGGAAUUACCCUUCGUCCGUUUCUGUUAUUGCACGUCUUGGCCAAAAUAAUAAUACCAACGAAAGGCGGCCUUGUGCUGGUAGGGGUCGACCUAAAGCUCAUCUUCAGAGCCCAUGUUGUGAACCAUUGGUAAGCAAACCGGCUCCUAUUACUCCACCACAGACAGAAUCAGCCCAAAUACUACUGUCACUUGCAGGAUCUAACCAAUCAUACAUAUCGCCUUCAAAACACAGAACCAAUGAUAGUAGUAUGGCGACUGUGAAUCAUGAAUUUCCCAUGAGUAACGGUCUAGAUAAUAACAAUCCCAAGUUCAGUGAUGACUUAGACCUAAAGUAUAAGCGUAGUAGGAAAAGGCCUGCAGAUUCGGUGGAUGAAAAUAGAUAUGAUGUUAAAAAGUCAAUGCCUAAUGACAUGAAGACAGAUGAAGAUGUCAAUCGAUCACCAUUAUUAGCUAGCUUACUAACCAAAAAUGAUAAAUCUGAUGAUAAACUUAAAGUAUCAAAAGCACAAGAAAUACAAACUCAGAGCUCUGAAAGAUAUAUAAAUGCAUUAAAAGGAGCCGGUCUUCCAACAGAUAUUCCAAUAUUAAUUGAGAAUGGUGAUGGUAACUACAUCACAUUAACUGAAAAUGUGUAUGAUAUAUUAGCUAAAGAAGAUGCUCUUCAUUUCCAACUUACUGACAAUAUGAACCUUGCUAAUCUCAAACAACCAGAAGAUAUGGUUAGUAACAUGCAGGAUGUAGCACAGUCUAAUAUACCAAUUAUAGACACCAAUGUAGAAGAUCCAAUAUUGAGGAAUAUUAAAAGUCAUAUGCCACCAGAUAAUCCAGACGAUGUUGUUCUGUAUAAAGUGGCUGAUGAUGGAAACAUAGAAAAGUAUGUUUUGACCACAGAAGACAUAAAAGCAUUCAAAGAGUCUAUGGAUUCAAAUCCUGAAAGGAAAAAAGAUUCACCACGACUAAGUGUUUCUGAAAUAAAUGUGCCGAUUGAAAACAAAUCCUUGCCAUUAAUAACUAAAAUUUUAGACUGCGGUAAUGAAAAGUUUUCAGAUGCUCUAUUAGGCAGACUACCCCUCAGAAAAAGAGGAACAUUCAAAUUAAAUAGCACCAGUUCUGAUACUGAUAUAUUGCAACAAAUGAACAAUGUUUGUACUCAGUCUGUUGGUACUGUAGAUACUGACGUCGAGUAUGUUGUUGUAGGAGAAGACAGUGUACAAAUGGACAUAAUGGGUUCUACUAGUAUUAGCAAUAAAAAUGAUUCAUUAAAAACCAGCACUACUCUAAAAAUUGAAGAUGUGGCAGAAGAGGAAAUGAGUGUUCUAGAAGCAAUGAUGAACAAUACUAUUGAAUUCUCUACUGAAGGUGACUAUCAGAUGCACAGUAGUGAAGAGGUUUUCUCAAAUGAUCAAAACGACAAUGAGAAAAUGAUACUGUCUAAUGUCCUCAUGUGCACGGGUGCAGAAAAUUCCAAUUCUCACGUCGGCCUUGACCACUUUGCAUUCAAAACCGAGGAUGUGGAUGGCCGUAAUGGUGACUGUAAUCAACAGAAAAAAUCCAAAAUGUAUGUAGACUUGGAUAUGACGGGAAAUGAUUUUAUAUCAGAACCUGUCACUGAGGAGGUAGUACUCUCCAAUGAAUUAAAUCCGAGCUCAUGAAUUUAUUUAUAUAGGGAUAACUUCCUAGUUAUACUUUGAAUAUAGAAUUGUGUAUAUUUUGUAAAAAUUGGGCUGUACAAUAUUACUCCAAACUUGAUAUCCGUCAUUAAACUUGUUGGUGAAAAUCUACGCAUGCCUAUGUAUAUACUAUACAUAAUCUUAUAUGUAUAUAAUAUAUAAAUAUAUACAUAUUUGUGUAUAUACCAUUAAUAUAUAUUUCCUUAUAGUUCUGACUUAUGUACUAGUUUAUUUGUUUUGUUUAGUUUUAACAUUAAAAAAAAUGUAUUAUUCUCUAAUUCGGUGGUAUUUAAAUAUGUGAACGAAUAGAAACAAAUAUUGCUUAACUUGGCUCUUUGAAAAUAGAAUGAGUGUUUAAUUUGAAUUUUUAAACAAAAAUUGGUAUUAUUUUAUAAUUUUUAGAAUUAUUGUUAUGCUUUGGUUGGUAUUCACAAUUGUUUAAAAAAAAUGUGUUCACCCUGUGCCAUUUGUUAAGCCGUCAAUUAUGAAAGUUCACAUGUUUUCAGCUUCAUAAAUGAACAAACAAUUAAAAUCCGAAAUAAAGAUCAUGUGUUUAUAUGGUUUUAUUAUACAUUUUGUUUCAAUUUUAAUUACAUUUUAACUUUUGUUUCUAACCAUUAUUUUCUGUACAAAUAAUAUACAACAAUAAUUAUUAUAUAUUAUUAUUGCCUUAAAUUUUUUAAUUAUCGAAAUAAUUUAUUUUGAUUAAAAUUUGUGUUAAACUGUUAAAAAUGAUAUUGAUUAGCGUUGUACUAUUUUCGUUUUUUCUUGCAUUGUGUAUACUAGUUUAUUAUUAUUGUGUGUUUACAUAAGCUUUUUUUUUUUCGUUUAUCGAGUACACUGGCCGUCCGCCUCAGCGGCAUAUCAUAAAUGGCACCACACUAUUUGACAAUAAUUUAACGUUUUCCAUCGUUGUCCCUAGUAGAAUAGAAGGAUUAUAUUUGCAGUAUAUUGUAGAGCAGUGGUUUUCAACCUUUUACGAAUCGUGACUCGCAUUCCUUUCAAAAAGUUAAUAAUCAAACAUAAAAAGAUUUUCUACAUUUUAUGUACAGUAUUUGUACCUAUAAGUACUUAAAUAAUACUUAAUUCUUAGAUGUUAAUGUUUUCUUUGGUAAUAAUUACAACUUAAAUGAAAAAUAUUUUUAAAUGCGAGAUCAUUAUACGAAAUACCGUGGUUUUGUUAAUUAUUUUUUUUUGCGAAUUCCGGGUUGGAAACCAUUGCUAUAGAGUAUGAGAGUGUACUCAUCGGACAAAAUCCUCCAUUUUCCCCUGAAUGAAUAAUCCUCGUGAUAAAUAUUCAGGCUGAGCCCGACUACAUUUCGUACUGACAAACAUGAGUGACGAUGUUAUUUAAUUUGCUUUUUAGUACUUUUUUUGCGCCUUUGCAUAUCUAAUGCACCGUUUGUAUAUACUCAAUAAUAAUCGUAUCCGCGUCUUUUCAUAAUUUAAUAAUUGUGUUUAGGUUACUGUAUUGUUCACUGCAUCAGCAAUCACAUAUAUAACUACUUAAGUGAAAUGAUCUCAAUAUGUUGUUUGAAUAGUCUGCUCAACUAACCAAAAAGAAAAAAAACCGUAAGACAUCUUAUUUCUUUGUAAUAUCAUCCCCCCUCCGACGCUGUGUAGUUUUCGACUGCGGCCACG